AUGUCAAAGAAGAGGAAAAUAUCCCCAGUUGCAGUGGUAGGCGACACUAUCAUGAAUUACAAACCUAACAAUGCAACUGUAAUAAAAAAGGAGAUUAAAACUGAGCAGGAGGAGUUAGAAGGAAAGUUGAUGAAUCCAAUAUCAGAAGAAAAAUCUCUCAAGUGGAAUGAUUGCUCCUUAUCAUUCUCUAACAAACCUACUCUCAGAGCACACCAGCGUAUUCACACUGGAGAGAAACCUUUCAAGUGUAAUGAUUGCUCCUCAUCUUUCUCUCAGAAAUCUAAUCUCACAAAACAUCAGCGUAUUCACACUGGAGAGAAACUUCACAGGUGUAAUGAUUGCUCCUCAUCUUUCACUCAGAAAUCUAAUCUCACAAAACAUCAGCGUAUCCACACUGGAGAGAAACCUUUCAAGUGUAAUGAAUGCUCCUCAUCUUUCUCUCAGAAAUCUAAUCUCACAACACAUCAGCGUAUCCACACUGUAGAGAAACCGUUCAAGUGUAGCGAAUGCUCCUCAUAUUUCUCUAAAAAAUGUCAUCUCAGAAGACACCAGCGUAUUCACACUGGAGAGAAACCUUUCAAGUGA